AUGGACGAGCUACCAUUGAUUGAGAGUGGUGGCCAUCCUGCUCGCUCAUGGCUAUCAUCCCUAUUCUGGACUAUUCUCCUUCCCAUCGCUGUUACCUUGUCAACUCUGGUUACUGCCUUUAUCCUCACCCUACCUUCUCCUUAUGAUCCUCAACAAGACCAUCCGGUAGACGAGACUUCCUUCUCCGAUGAGGACAAGCAAAACAAGCACUCUGGAUAUUCUUACUAUGCCAAGAAUUCUGCAUCCAAAAACGAUGCUUCCGUUACUGUCCUGGUGCUGGGUGACAUCGGAAGAAGUCCUCGCAUGCAGUACCAUGUUGCCAGUAUAGCUGCUCAUGGAGGUCGCGUCAGUCUCAUCGGCUACUUGGAAUCUGAGCUUCUGCCAGAAAUCAGAAACAACCGCUUCGUCACCGUCAUCCCUCUGGCUCCUCCGCCUGAGUCUUUUCGCAAUGCUAACAAGAUGUUAUUCCCUAUUGUUGCUCCUUUGAAAGUUCUCUGGCAAAUUGGAACUGUCUGGCAUGCUUGUGGUUACCGCACAAAAGCCACAAAGUGGAUGUUGGUCCAGAAUCCUCCCUCUAUUCCUACUUUGGCCAUUGCACAGGCUAUGUGCUUCAUCCGCCAUACCCGUCUGAUUAUUGACUGGCACAACUUUGGCUACACCAUCCUGGCUCUCAAACUAGGCAACAAGCACCCUCUGGUCAGGAUUUCGGAAAUGUACGAACGCUACGUCGCUCGCGCAGCANNAAAUGCUCACUUCAGUGUUACCAACGCUAUGGCCAGAGUACUCAAGCAGCGAUUCGGCGUCGAAGCUACACCUCUGCACGACCGACCCGCUGCUCAAUUCCAGCCUUUGAGUCAAUCUCAACGUUCUGAGUUCCUACACAGAUGUCCAGAAACAGCACAUUACGCCAAACACCUCGAUCACGGCAGUUACAAACUACUCGUCAGCUCCACCUCCUGGACAGCAGAUGAAGACUUCUCAAUCCUUCUUGACGCCCUAGUCGCAUACUCGGCGACCGUGUCCAUGGCCACCCACCACUCCUAUCCCAAAAUCCUCGCCAUCAUAACAGGAAAAGGUCCUCUGAAAGACCACUACCUCAACAGAAUUUCCACCUUAACCAAGGAAAAGAAACUUGUUAAUGUCAAGAUCUUGACCGCUUGGUUGAGCAAUGAAGACUAUGCCUCCUUCCUCGCCUCCGCAGACCUCGGUGUUUCUUUGCAUACCUCAUCGUCAGGUGUCGAUUUACCCAUGAAAGUGGUCGAUAUGUUUGGGACAGGACUUCCCGUGGUGGGUUGGUCGCGCUUCGAAGCUUGGAAAGAACUCGUCCAUGAAGGCGUCAAUGGAUUUGGCUUUUCGAGCGCUGAUGGUUUGGAAACGCUGCUUGAAGAGUUGUUUGGAAGUAAGGGAGCGAGAACGUUGGCGGCGAUACGCAAAGGUGCUAUGCAAGAGUGUAGUAGGAGAUGGGAAGACGAGUGGUUCCCUGUUGCUGGCAAGUUAUUGGGCUUGCAGAGAGAAGAGGAAAAGCAAAACGUCGAGGCAACAGUGGUGUAG